AUGAGAAGAAUGGCUCUUAAGAAAUUGAAGGUGAUACCAAAGGAAGGUUACUUAUUACUUUUGGACUUUGAUGAUGAGGACGAUGACAUAAAAGUUUCAGAGGAGGCUCUUUCGGAAGUAAAGAGCCCAGCAUUUGAUAAAAAUGAGAAUAUAUCGCCUCAAGCAGAAGCAGAUGAAGAUAUGGGAGAUGAAGUAGACAGUAUGUUGGAUAAAUCUGAAGAUGACAUUUAUAAGACGCUUCACAUAAAGAGAAAAUGGAUGGAAACUUAUGUCAAAGAAUCUUUCAAAUGCAGCAACCAGAAAUUAGAAAGAUUUUGCAAAACGAACGAACGAGAGAGGAAGAACAUCAACAACAAAUUUUGUGAGCAGUAUAUAACUACAUUUCAGAAGUCUGAUAUGGAUGUACAGAAAUUCAAUGAAGAAAAAGAAAAAUCAGUGAAUAGUUGUCAAAAAGAACAACAAGCAUUGAAACUGUCCAAAUGUAGUCAGAACCAGACCCUGGAAGCAGUUAAAGAAAUGCAUGAGAAGUCCAUGGAGGUUUUGAUGAACUUGGGGACCAAGUACUAA